CUGAUUGAUUCUUUUGCUGUCUGGCGACUCUCUGAUCCACCUGCCCACACUGACAGUCCAAAGAUGGCCCAGCUAAAUUCGACGCAAUGGCGGGCCUUGUUAGAUGCAGCCGGUGAUGCUGAGAAACCACAUCUGCAAGCACUCUUGGAUGGUGCUAUAAAACGGGAACAAGAGUCAGAGAAGGAGAGGAAGGAGGCCUUGCUGAAAAGGCAAGUAGCCCUCCUAGAGACUGUUCCCUCACUGAUUGAAGAGCAGUGCGGGGAACAGCUACAGUCCAUCCUCACAGCCUUUGUUCAAAUCAAGAACCUUGAGGACCAUACCACUCAGAUCGCUCAAGUCCUUGCAAAACUGCAGACACUUCAGGAUGAUCUGACUGAGAUGACCCUCAAGUACCAUGAACUGACGAAGGAGAUGGCGGAUCUGCGACAAGCCCAAGUGACCAACCCUCUUCCUCUACCUCCUGGAACUGAAGAUGCAAUCGAAACUUCCUCUGCCCCUCUUACUGUGUCUUCUUCUACCUCAUCUUCGAGUGUGAUGGCAACUCCUUCAGGACCUGCAGCAGGUGCAGAUUCCAUUGUUGCUGUAACAAGCGAUGAGGCUGGAACUGCUGCAAUUGCUGCAGCCCCAAGACCGGAACCAGCUGCUGCUGGACCCAUCCACGCCGGUCCCUAUGUGGACCGGAAGGCGGUUCAAAUACCGUCCAAGUACGAUGGCAAGGAAGACAUCAAGUCCUGGAUCGGCUCCAUGAGGGCCUACUUUGAGAUCAUGGGGACUCAAGCUGAGACCCAGGCAGUUAUCAUGGUUCCUCCAAAGGGCUGCGUGUACCGUAUGGGACCCGGCGAGUUGGAGGAACUCUGGCGGGAGAUCGAUGAGAUGAUUGACAAAGGGUGGAUCAAACCAAGUAAAUCUGAAUUUGGUGCUCUUGUGUUGUUUGUGCCAAAGAAAGGAGGCAAACUCCGCAUGUGCAUUGACUAUCGCGGUCGAAACCACAUCACAAGAAAGAAUGCUUACCCAUUGCCUCGUAUAGAUGACUUGCUUGAUGCUGCAGGCGGGUGCAAGGUCUUCUCCAAGAUCGAUCUCAAAUUUGGCUACCACCAGAUUGAAGUCGAUCCUGCGGACCAGCACAAGACUGCGUUCAAGACGCGCGAUGGGCUUUAUGAGUUUACCGUAAUGCCCUUCGGUUUUACGAACGCACCAACCACGUUCCAAAGCCUCAUGGACAGGGUCCUCCGCGAACAGAUUGGCCGGUUCGUGGUAGUGUACCUGGACGAUAUCCUGAUUUUCAGCAAGUCCAUGGAGGAACACCUCUAGCAUCUUGAGGAGGUACUUGCCAUCCUCAAGAAAGACGCAGCUCCAUCUCAACUUGGAGAAAUCCGAGU